UCGGCAUACAGCAGAUGUGGUUUCUGCAUCCAACCAGCGCCCGGAGCCGACAACUCGGGACCGACCCGGUCCCGGAAACCGAGCAACGACAGGUCAUGCUUAUUUGAAAGAGGCUGCCGCGGCUCCUGGCUGGUCCGAGUGCCGAGAGACCUCUCUUAUGCAGGUCGGUUGAUGAGGUUGGUGGUGGACAUAUCAAAAGGUCGAUGUCCUUCAACGGCUGUAAAAGAAAGGACACCAGAAAUCAGAUGGCCAGAAUUAACCCGCCGUCGCCUAACGAGCACCCUGCUGACCCUUUCCUGCAUCCCCGCACCGGCUUCCUUCGCACGAUUGGUCUAUUUCGUGGCUUCGACGAAGUGCACAUCUCUCUGUGGAUGAAGACACGGGGCGAAUGCUCCGAAUCGUAUCUCGCAGCCAAGGGAAUGCGGAACAGGGAGCGCCCCAAGGCGCAGUGAUGCUGUUAUCACCGCCGUGGUACUUGCACAAGCCGACUUCGUCCGUCGCCUGCCGCGAGACGUGACAGGCCAGAACUGCGGAAUA